AUGGGCGACACGGACGAAAGCUCGCUGGAAGAGCCUAGUACGGAGGAAGAAUCUGAGGGGGAUGGCGGCAGCUCGGACUCGGAGAUUGGGUUCAGCAAAAGCAGAGAGCCCACCCCAGGGCCAACGGAUGCUGAGGUGGCGGAACAGAUGGAGAUCGAAAUCAAGAAAGAGCUGGAGGAGAAGCUGAAGACAUCGUGGUGGCUAAACAAGCCCAACUGCUUCCUCUGCCAGAAGAAGAACAGGAGGAAACGUGUCUCUGACCUAAGGGGUCUGGCACAACAUGCGGAAAACUGGGGUGAGACACGCAAGAUCAGGAUGCAGCACAUGUGUCUGGGAAGGCUGGUGAGGAAAGAGCUAGAAAAAUGUGUCUCUUCAGUUGGCAAACCUGAUGGGACAGCUCAUGGAAUCGCUGGGCCACCGGCACAAUCCAAGGAGGAGGAGUCGACUGCGAACCAGCGAGACGCUGCGGAAGAUGAUGCCAUUGAAGCAAGACAUCAUGCAGAGACACAGUUUGAGGAGAUGCUGGAAGACAGCAGACAAUGGUUUCAGAAUUUGCAACUGGAGCAGAAGCAGUAG